AUGAAGGUCAACAUCAAACACUGGCACGGCGUGGCCACCUGGCAUUGGCAGACUCAAAACGAUGAGCUCUGUGGUAUCUGCAGGGUUCCCUUCGAUGGACAUUGCCCCAGUUGCCGGUAUCCUGGCGAUACAUGUCCGCUUAUAUUGGGUAAGGGCUGUUCGCACAAUUUCCACCUUCAUUGUAUCCUCAAGUGGCUUGAGCAGAGUUCGUCCAAGGGCCUCUGUCCUAUGUGUCGGCAGAUCUUCACUGCCACGGUGUUGGAGGGUGUGGGGGCUCCAGAUGAGAUUGCACAGCUCCAGGAGUUGGAGAAUAGUCACCGUGUAGCGCGCGAACAGGCGGAGGUCGGCGAUGCGUAUGAGCUUCCUAAUGAUGUGCUGUGA